AUGGGCAAAUGCCGUGUCACAGUGCAGUUUCUGUAAAUCCCCCACAGGAACAAGAUGAAGAACAAUGAGUAUGAGAGUGUUGAGCACAUCAACACCGAUUUGACUCUGCUGCUUGAGAACGCCAAACGCUAUAACGUUCCUCACUCGUCCAUCUACAAGCGUGCGCUCAAACUUCAACACAUUCAGCAGAUGAGGAGGAAAGAGCUUUUGCAGAGAGCUGAAGAUGAUGGGGAUAGCAUGCUGUCCUCUGCCACGUCUGACACCAGUAGCACCAAAAGAAAAAGCUACAAGAAGAAUACAAAGAAAAAUCGAAUGAAAGCCAUUUUAGCUGCAGUGACUGAAGCGCGAGAAGCUGGCACCGGCCGCAGACUCUGUGACCUCUUCAUGGUGAAGCCAUCGAAGAAGGACUACCCUGAUUAUUACAAAGUUAUCCUGGAACCAAUGGACCUCAGGACCAUCGAGCUCAACAUCCGUUCGGACAAAUACGUCACAGAAGAUUUAAUGGUGGAGGACACAAAGCUGAUGUUCCGCAAUGCACGACACUACAAUGAAGAAGGCUCCCAGGUCUACAACGAUGCAGACGUCCUUGAGAAGAUCAUGGAAGACAAACGCAGAGAUCUUGGGCCAGCAACUGAUGAUGAUGACCUGAUGUCCCCCAAGUUAAAAAUAAGAAAAAACAGCAUCUUUCUGAAGAAAUCCAAGUACCUCACACCCCUACAGCAGAAACUGAAUGAGCUUUAUGAAGCUGUAAAGAACUACACGGAUAAGCGGGGCCGUCGCCUCAGCACCAUCUUCCUCCGGCUUCCGUCGCGUGCCGAGCUGCCUGAUUACUACAUCGCCAUCAAGAAACCUGUAGACAUGGAGAAGAUCAAGAGCCACAUGCUGGCUAAUAAGUACCAGGACGUGGACGCGCUGGUGGAGGAUUUUGUGCUCAUGUUCAACAACGCCUGCACCUACAACGAGCCCAAGUCUCUGAUUUACCGCGAUGCUCUGUUGCUGCAUAGGGUGCUGUUAGAGACGAGACGUGACCUGGAGGGGGGAGAGGAUGCCCAUGUGCCGGAUGUGCCGCGCCUCAUCCAGGAACUCAUCCGCAGCCUCUUUGUGUCUGUGCUUGGUCACCAAGACGACGAGGGACGUUGCUACAGCGAUUCUCUCGCUGAGAUCCCUGCUGCUGAUCCUGCAAACCCCGAGAAGCCGCCGCUCAAUUUUGAAAUUAUCCGGAAGAAUGUGGAUCGAGGGCGCUACAAGAGACUGGAUGUGUUUCAGGACCACAUGUUUGAAGUUCUGGAAAAGGCCAGACAGUUGAAGAGGACCGACUCGGAGAUCUUUGAAGACGCGGUGGAGCUGCAGCAUUUCUUCAUCCGCAUCAGAGAUGAGCUGUGUAAAAAUGGAGAAAUCUUGAUGUCCCCAGCCCUCAGCUAUACCUCUAAACAUCUGCACAGUGAUGUGGAGAAGGAGAAGAAAAAAAAGCUUCCCAAGGAGUUCGAGGAGGACAAAAUCAAGAGAGAAGAGGAGAAAAGGGGUAUCCCAGAGGCUGAGAAGAGGGAGGACUCUACUGGAAGUUCAUGGCAGGUUCAGCGUACAUACAGUCAGGACUGCAGCUUUAAGGACAGCAUGUACCAUGUGGGAGACUACGUCUAUGUGGAACCUGCUGAGCCUAACCUCCAACCGCACAUUAUUUACAUUGAGCGCCUUUGGCAGGAUAACACCGGAGAGAAGUGGCUGUACGGCUGCUGGUUCUACAGACCCAAUGAAACAUUUCACCUGGCUACUAGAAAAUUCUUGGAGAAAGAAGUUUUUAAGAGCGACUAUUACAACAAAGCUCCAGUCAGCAAGAUUCUGGGGAAAUGCGUGGUUAUGUUUGUGAAGGAGUAUUUCAAGCUUUACCCAGAAGGAUUCAGACCAGAGGACGUGUACGUCUGCGAGUCUCGCUACUCCGCCAAGUCCAAGUCCUUCAAGAAGAUCAAGCUGUGGGCGAUGCCCUUGAGCUCUGUUCGAUUUGUUCCCAGAGAGGUGCCUCUACCUGUGGUCCGAGUGGCUUCCAUGUUUGCCCCCAAACAAGAAGAGAAGCCAGCAGAGAUUGUAGAUGAGGGCAAAAUGACAGAUGGCAUUUUAGAGAAGGAGAGGGAGGACGUUCCACUGGAUGUGACCAACGGGGAGCCAGGCUGUCAGUACUAUGAGCAGCUCUGCUACAACAACCUUUGGCUGAAAGUUGGAGAUUGCGUUUACAUUGGUUCUCAUGGACUGGUGCGCCACCGAGUGGGAAGAAUUGAGAAAAUGUGGAUGCGAGAUGGAGCAGGCUAUUUCUUUGGCCCCAUCUUUAUCCAUCCUGAAGAGACGGAGCAUGAACCCACUAAGAUGUUCUACAAGAAAGAAGUGUUCCUUAGCAACCUGGAGGAGACAUGUCCCAUGACCUGCAUCAUAG